UUUUGUUGGAUUUAGCGGCAUUUUAAUUCACAGGCAGCUAGGUUGUAAUACAAAACAGAAGAAGACAGUUGUUAAGAAACAUACAAUUAUGAAAAGUGAUAUUGUAGAAAUUAAAUUUGUGUGUAUUUGAACUAAAAAUUGCAGGCCUAGCAGACAUUGGUUGUUGCAGGCAUAUGUUCUAUGCAGGGCGUCACUGAAUAAAGACGGAGAGAUCGCAGACAUACGAGCAAUUAUUCCAAGUAGUGGCUAGAUGCAGCCGGGUGAAAGCUAUAUGCAGCGCGUGCACAGACACUAGAUAGAAGCAACCAACAAGAAAAAGGCUGACAUUUGUGCUUGAACUGGAAUGAAAAGUCAGCGCUGGAAUUAUUUGUGACCAGAAUACUUUAUGUGUCAGAAUGGAAGGAACAGUACUUAGAUGUGAACUGUGUUUGGCUCUCAUCGCAGUUAUGUUCGCUGUGACUUACGGUCAAAAUUAUCAUGUAUCUUUUUCCAUACCUGAGAAUAGGCCUUUGGACACCUACAUCGGGAAUGUAUCCAGCAAUGCUCAGUUUGUUGACCAAAUACCUCCUGAAGAGCUCGGGCAUAUCAGAUACGCAUUUCUUAAACAAACACAUAUACAGUCACUGAUCAGUUUGGAUGAAACUUCGGGAAUAUUAUACACGCUAGUCGUUAUCGACCGUGAGUCUCCCGAUGUUUGUCUGUCACAGCCAUUGUGUUCACUAGAGUUCAGCGUAGCAGUCAGGUCAGUACGACCUCAAAGCUCAUUUUUCGCCUUAAUCGAUGUCACUGUUAACAUUCAGGACAUUAAUGAUAACAGACCACGAUUUCCACAUGACAUGCUUAAUUUAGAAGUCUCAGAGUCUGCUACUGUUGGAACAUCAUUCCAUAUUGAAAGGGCUAUUGAUAAUGAUUCCGGAAACUUUUCUGUUCAGUCUUACGAGAUCGGACAACAAGAUGGUGAUUUCGGACUGGACGUUGUUAAAAAACUUGAUGGCAGCUUUACAGUUAAACUGGUGCUACAGUCUCCCUUAGAUAGAGAAAUAAAGGACAGAUAUAGUGUUCUAAUAGUUGCAUGGGACGGAGGUGACCCAAGAAAAUUUGGAACACUAACGGUGAAUAUUUCUGUAACAGAUGUCAAUGACAACAGCCCUGUGUUUGUAGACAGCAGUUACAAUGUGACAUUGAGAGAAAACAGGACAGUUGGUGCUCCGUUCCUGCAGAUUUCAGCAGUUGAUAGAGACAUCGGUGAAAAUGGUCGAAUCACAUACCAGUUCAGUCAAAAUCAGUUUGAUAACAGAGUGAAUGAGUUUUUUACUGUAUCACAAGACACUGGGCAACUUGAGCUAAAAAAAAAACUUGUCUAUGACAAUCAUGAUUAUACGAUAAUCGCAGAGGCAGUAGACCAUGGCGAUCAGCCCCAUGUGACCCAAGUGAGAAUCACUGUUCAAAUUGUUGAUGUUGGAAAUAACCCACCCAUUCUCGAGGUAAAUCUUCUCGGGCAAGAGAACUCUAAAAUCGUGAACAUAUCCGAGUCAUCGAGCCCUGGUACCUUCGUUGCUCAUAUCAAUGUUAUCGACAGUGACACUGGUGACAAUGGUAGGGUGGAGUGUGCAAUUUCGGACAGAAAGUUUGACCUUCAGAAAAUGGGCGCUAAAGGGUAUAAGGUGAUUGUGAGAGAGGAACUGGACAGAGAAAAGCAGGACUUGCACCAGAUUUUAGUGAGUUGUCAUGAUUUUGGUACUCCUCCGCUUACAGCAUCUUCAAGUUUUCUAGUUUCGGUGACUGAUAUAAAUGACUGUGCACCAAUAUUCACCCAGCCUGUUUUUACUGGAACCAUACCUGAGAAUCACCAUGAAUUCAGAACAUUUGUGCAAAUCAUCGCAUUCGAUGAAGAUCUUGGUGACAAUGGUAAGGUGAAGUAUUAUAUUGAUCAAGAGAGUACAAGCAAGAAAUUUUGGAUAAAUGAAACUGAUGGAAGUCUAAGAGCCGAUCAAGUGUUUGACAGAGAAAAAGAUCAAAUGAUAAUUUUCAAGGUCAUUGCCAAAGAUCAAGGCAAUAGAUCCCUUGCUAGCACAGCCAUGGUUAAAGUUACCAUUGGUGACAAAAAUGACAACGCUCCAGUUAUUCAAGAGCCACUAACGUUCAGCAUCAUGGAAAACAAGAAUUCGGAUUCAUUUGUCGGAACUCUAAGAGCAACAGAUGCAGAUAUAGGAGAGAAUGAACGGACAAUGUUCCUUAUCCAUCCAGAUUUUGAGUAUACAGUCCCUUUUGUUGUUUUUCCUGAUGGUAAUAUUAAAACAAACAGGCAACUGGACAGAGAGGUUCAGAGUAAGUAUGAGUUCAAAGUGGUUGUAGUUGACCAAGGCACACCAAGAAUGAAAAGUAACGCUGUGGUCACAGUGUAUGUAAAUGAUACAAAUGAUAAUCCGCCAACAAUGAAAUUCCCAAGAGAAAAGAAUAACACGGCCGUAGUGUUCAGUGAUGUUAACCCGGGUCACAAAGUUGCACAAGUAGAGGCUGAAGACCCAGAUGAAGACUUUAAUACAAUUGUCUCGUAUGAUAUCACUGCUGGAAACUCCGAGGACUUGUUUAUAAUUGACAAUAAGUUUGGGGGGAUUUACCUCACCAGAAAAGUCUCAAUUACACAUAAUAAAACCAUUAACUUGAAGAUUGCCGUGAAAGAUGGUGGACAUCCACAGCAUACAACUGAGUCUGACUUGAACAUCAUUCUUGUGCGAGCUGUGAAUUCUAGCUCAGGUAUGCAGGAGGGAGAAAGUAACGGAAACACGCUCAUUGUUGUUAUUGUCGUUGUUCUGACUGCAGUCCUCUCGGUGGUCAUGAUCAUUGUGAUCUGCUUCUUGCGAAGGUUUGAUCAUCGUAGCAAGACCCGUAGAAAUCUUGACAUUGUUGCGCCAGACGAGAAAUACCCAAAAUGUUACAUGGAGGACUCAACGCGUUACCUUGACCCCAAUAACACAAGCCACGAUCAUCUGACCUCGACCUAUGACCCGAUGAGUCCCAUAUCGCCACAAAGAAAGAAGGAGGUCAGUUUCGACAUUGAGGACCAGAUGGACCAUUGCGACUUGCGCGAUCAUCAUAACACAACCAUGUCAACAUUUUCAGUGCCUGAAUCAGAAAAGUUUCAGGGAGUGUCCGGGUGUGAUGACGGGGAAGAGUGUACACCAGGUGGGGACGGGGGUCGUCUCAACACCCUCCAGCUCCUUCAAUACCACCAAGCUGUCCUUGAAUCACAAACACGGGCCUGGCUCCAGACACAUGAUGGACACGAGGAGAGCAGCAGUUUUGAUGUGACGUUACCGGAAGACAAGUACAGCGACACGUCAGAGGAGGUGACGGCCAGUGACAGCGGGAAAGGAGGCAGUGAGGAUGAUAUCCCGUCCAACCACUCAAAAGACCUUAAACAGAGAAUCAAUGGCCCAUCAACACAGCCAGGGAACAAAUUCCAGACGCACCACUAUGUUGCGCCAGAGUUCCGACGGCAGGGCAGUCUACAGCGUAAGGCAUGCGACAUCACGCUCGAUGGCUGCAGGGUUGGCUCCCCUGGUAGUUCUCUCGGGGAAGAACUCCCCUGUCAUCCAGACAGUCGGGUAGGACGUCCUGAAAGUCGUGCCAGUAUUACACAUUCCACACCCCGCCCAAACUCUCGUGCGGCUAAAUACUACCCUGGUGACUCGAUGGCAAAUCGGACUAUUGAUAGUGCUAUUGAAAACAGUGGUGAAUGGGACGCUGCAUCAUAUGUGUGAUUUAAAUGUGUUUCAAAGGCAUUGUGUUGCUGUCUUGCCAACUUGUCAGUGUUUGAAUGAAAAUCCAAAUUAGUGCAACUCUUGUAUAUUUGGCCAAAGGGGAACAACUCUUAAAUUGUUUUAUCAUAGUAUGUAGAUGAGUUAUCUGGCUUUAUAGUUAUCGCAGUGUAGUGACUAGGCUGAUCUCAUUCAAGAGUGCUUUGUACGUUGUGAGAAAUAUACAUCUAGGUGCUGAAUGUAUCUACCAUAAUCCAAGACAAGUACUGCCAAAUGAACUGUCUCAAAACUCAUGUAUCAAUAACGUUAUACAUUGUAAUUUGUUCUUGAUAACUUUUCUACUUAAGUUCUUGAUAUUUUUUUUAAUUGAGACUUUGUACAUGAAAUUACUCAAAUUAAAAAACCACCUCUGAAAAUAGGCUUAGAUUUUGCAUCAGACAAUUGUAAUUUAGGAAUUAUUUAAGAAUAUGAGGAUUUUAUAAAAUUAUUUUUUAGCAAAAUAAUCCAUAAAUUUCAAUUCCUUCAGUUAUCUACAAUCAAAAAGAUACAAAAUUUAAUUAUGUAGUUAGUUUUAUUAAAAAUCCAAAUGCUACAAAGGAAAGGUGGUAACAUUUUCAAUUAAAAAUGUCAUGAUUUCUCCUUCAUUAUUUCAUGAUUUCUUGAAUUCAUGAUUUUAUCUUUGAAAUCGUUAAAUCGUGAAGUUGAAUUCACAAAUUAGUCACUUUAAAAUUCUGAAUAUGUGAAAAAGAAAUUAUAAAAUAUUGAAAUGUAACCACCGGCCGUUCGUGAAAUGUUUUUAUAUGUGUGUUAAUGUUCAUUUGUUCAUAGAUGUAGUGGCUUAAGUAUACUCUUACACAUUGCAUUUCACCGAGGCGUUAUGUAUGUGUUAAAUCUAGUCAUUUGUAUUUAAGACAGUGAGAUGUAAAAAAGGCAUUUAUAUGGACAUUUCAAUUUUGUUAUGUGAUGUAUGUGUGUACAAAAUGAAUAUGUUGAAAUUGUACAAACAUGACCUUAUAUUGUAUAGAUAUCACAUUGAAUUCCAUAUUGAGAUUUCUUAUAUUUUUAUUAAAAGUGAU